ACCGCGAAUCUUGAGGCGUGUUUAUACAAUAUAUUAAAUAUCAUUACUUUUAAACUUAUGCUGCAACUAAUAGAUCUUGAAAUGGAUUUUUUUGUUGAAAAAAUGAUUUUUCUUAAUAAUAUAAGAAUAUUAUUGUUCCAUAGUUGGUAACAAAAGGGCGUUGACACGCAAUCAGAAAAGCGAACCUAGAGAGACACGUGAAGAUGCGUCUUUGACUAUCUUUUAUUAUAUCAGUGGUUGCACUGUUAAAAAUUCGUUAUAUUGGUUGACUUUUAUAUGAAUUCAUUACAAACAUGUCAAUUAAUUUAACAAAAAACAAAGAUACGUUGGUGGCCGCUUGGCACAGUGUAGUCGACGAUAAAUCGUCUACUAACUGGGCUGUAUUUGGGUAUGAAGGUCAGACAAAUAAUUUGAAAGUUGUUGGUACAGGGAAUGGUGGAUUAGAAGAAAUGAUUGAUCAUUUAAGUAGUAGUCAUAUUAUGUAUGCCUUCUGUCGUGUGAUCGAUACUAAAACAAGUCUACCAAAAUGUUUAUUAAUCAAUUGGCAAGGAGAAGGUGCACCUAUUGUUAGAAAAGGAACGUGUGCAAAUCAUAUUAGAGAUGUAGAAAAAUUAUUAAAAGGCGCACAUAUAACAAUUACUGCUCGUUCCGAAGAUGACGUCGAAGUUGACGCUAUUAUGGAGAAACUUGCAAGAGCUACUGCUUCCGCUUAUAAAUUUAAUGAACCACGUAGUGAAAAUGAUGCACACACAGGCCCUAUUGGCACGACAUAUAAACGAGUUAUACCAGAGCAAGAAAUUAAUGCAACAGAGAGAGAUCAAUUUUGGCAAAGAGAAGAAAUUGAAGAAAAGAAAAGACUGGAACAAGAAAGAAUUCGAAAUGAACAAGAACGUCAGAGAUUAGAGAAAGAAAUUAGAAUGAGAGAAGAGAAAGAGAGUCAACUGAGAGAACAACAGGUAUCUGCUAAGGAAAGUUCAAUAGCAAGACAAAAAUUAGCAGAACAACGUGCAGAAGAAGCAAAUAAUUUACGUAAUCGUAUAGCAGCUAGUCAACAAUAUAAUGAAGAUAAUGACGAUGAUCAUAAAUCUAGAAGCGAGGAAUUAAGAAGACAAAGAAGCAAAGAAGCGCAGCAAUUAAUUGCUCAAAGAACAAUUAAUGCUAGAGCUGUUUUUGAACAAAAUUCGGCUGCUGGACAAAUGAAAUCUUCUCAGGUCCAACAUUCUUUGCAGAAAGGUGGUCACGUAGAAGCUGCUAAAAAAGCAAUUGAGGAAAGUCAACAAAAGGAACAUGUAGAUAUUAAACCUCAAGAAGCAACACCAAUAGAAGUGAAUAAGAUAAACGAUACAGAAACAUUAACGAAUUCUGCUGCAGAAGUAGUAAAUACUAUCUCAUCUCAUGAUUCAAAAAUAUCUUCACACGAACCAGAGACUGAACAAACUAAUAAGGAAGAUAUGACUGAUAAUGAAUUAUAUAAUCAGCUUGAUGGUUCUUAUUUAUAUUUUGAUCCGAAUAAUGAGGGUAUGAAAGCAAGAGCUUUGUAUGAUUACCAAGCUGCAGAUGAUACAGAGAUUACUUUUGAUCCUGGUGACAUAAUCACUCAUAUAGAUGCCAUUGAUGAAGGUUGGUGGCAAGGAUUGGGCCCUGAUGGGACAUAUGGAUUAUUCCCAGCUAAUUAUGUAGAAGUUAUUGAUUAUAAUACAACAUGAUAGAGGAUAUAGUUUGGAUAACAACAACAACAACAACAAAAAAAAGCAGAAAUAUUUGGAAGUUUUUUCUUCUUUAUAUGUGAGAGAUACUUGACAGGUUUUUAAAUAUCAGCAAGUGUUUCAUGAUAUCAGAAGUUAAAUUAAAAUUUACAGUGAUAUGAUUAGGUGAAAUGUUUGCAAUAUUAAUUGACUAUUUAGUAUUAAUAAUUAAUAUUAUAAAAUUAUGCAUUUUAUAGUUUUAGAUAAAGGAAAUAAAUAUGUGCACAUUUUUAGCGUUUGUAAUAUGAUUAUUUAAAACUAGAUUUUAUAGUAUUAGAAAAAAAAAAAAAAAUGUCAUUAACAUAUUAAUUGGGAAGAUUUUGAUUAAAAAAAUUAUAUUGCCCAUUAGUCUUCAUAAUACAAAAGAAAAAAGAAAAAAGUCUUCCCAAGUAUUACAUCAUAAAAUAUAAAAAAGCUAAACUUAGGUAAAUAUAUCUUUUUAUAACAUUCUAUAUCAGAACUGAUAUAAUAGUCACAAUGUAUUUAGAAAAGAUUACUUAAAUAUGCCCUGUUAAAGUAUUAUAUUUAAGCAUACGCCAUAAUUUAAUCAAUAAAGAUUGAAACUUUGACAUAGCA